UUUCCUCUGUUCUUCAAAUACACACGCCAUCUAUUGACAAUAAAUUUUUAGCGGCUGUUUUAAAUUUUGAAGGAGAACCUCAACAAAAUCCACAGUGCAUUUCAUAAUGGAGGCGACCUCUGUUGUUAGGUCAGUGGUUUUAGCAGCCAAUCAAUACAGCAGGAAUCAGAGUGACGCGAAUCUAGCUCAUCUACAAAGCAGAUUGGAUGUCUUGAUUGGCAUCACAUCCAGAGACAAGUCCUUGAGUUACUUUUGUCCUCGUCAGCUCCUUCCCAGCGAAUGCUUGACCUGUCUCGUUGACCUGGUCAAUGACCCUGUGACCCCGCUUGACCUCGCUCUCAAGACCAUGGUCUUGCUCUUCAAUCUAGCUGCGGAUUGUGAUGUCAGGGAAACACUUCAAGUGACCUUCAACCUCCCCGCAUCCCUUGCACUGUUCCUGAAAGUUCAAAGGGGUUCACCGAAUGAGACAGUCAUUGGACAAUGUGUCCAGCUACUACAGAGAGUGACAUACAACUACAGGAUCAUCUACCCAAACAACUAUGUGGAAGAUUUGAUUCAGUUUUUACUAACACAGAUUCUUGGUCCAGAAUCUGAUCUAGUGAUGCCUUGUUUGGGCCUUCUUGCGAACUUGUGUAGACAGAACGUUUCCAUUCAGGCCCAUAUCAAAGCUAUGGAUAAUCUAAAAUCAAUCAGCAAGACGCUGAUAAGAUUCUUAUCUCACAGCAGCCGGACAAACAUCAUCUUCUCUCUCUCCAUCCUAACCAGUCUGUGUCUAAAUGAAGAACUUGGUGAUAAGCUCUUCAAUCCCCGAAACAUCAAUCAGACAUUUCAGCUAAUUUUUAACAUUCUGAUCAACGGUGAUGGCGUUGUGACGCGUCGCUACGCCGUCGACCUCCUGAUUGACCUAUUGAAGAGUCCCAGGAUACAACAGAGUCUUCUCUUGUUUGAGCACUUCCAGCUAUGUUUACACAAGGUCUUGGGUUUAUUGCCGACACAAGAUGAAGAAUCAGUCUGCAAGCUCUUUGAGUUGAUGUUGACGUUCUGCGGUGUGUCGGGACUCCGCCCAACGAUCUGCCGUAGCAUCAUGUCAUCGACCAAUCAGGAAAUGGACCAAUCAGAAGCCUUCUUUGCCGUGAUCAAGUGGGCCUCACGUCCGGUCCAGAGCAAUAAUACAGUCUCGCUGCUAGCCUUGGAUCUACUACGAGAGGUGUAUGAGGAGAUGUUAGACUCGGGUCUUGUGACGCAGCUUUCACCACGUACCGAUGUCACUAUUCCCAUGGCAACGGGAUUAAUCCUCCCCCUGGAUGAGCUAGAGGGUCCGUUCACCAAACAUAAACUCACCAAGAUCUCAAGAGUUAUGUGCCUUCUAAUGACCCUGAGCAGUGACGGGGGAACGAGGUCAGAGUUGAGUCGGGUCAUGAACUUUGACCCCUGUCUGUCAAUCGUAGAAUACCAGCUUGAUAACAACCAGGUCGCUGUUAGUAAGACGAGGGUCAUCAACGAUGAUUGUGAUUGGAGUGACGCGGGGGUAGGAGCCAUUCUACAUAUAGUCGACCUGAUGGUGACGUUGCAAUCAAAUGUACCGCAGCUCAAGACUACAUUGAUACAACUACUUCAGGAUCAUCGAUUGGUUCCUUUUAUGGCACAUGGCCUUAGUUCGAGGGACAGGGAGAGAGUCCAUGUUAGUCUCAGGCUCAUCAGGGCUGCUUCAACGCUUCAAGAAUUCCCCACGAUAAUUCUUGGUGAAUGCAUCGCCUCUAACAACUCCUACAAUAUCCAGACUUCACACCAGGACCAUCAGAUAGACUCAGCAGCACCCCAUAACCUCAACCAGUCACAAACCAACAACUAUGAGAUGUCCAUGAUGGCAGCCAACCUAGAGGUCACAAGGUCAAAGGUCACCAAGACAGACAACGCUGGUCUAGACAAGCUUAUUGAUAGAAUGCAGACAGGCUUGGAUCUGAAAGACGUCAAAGCAUCAGAGAUUAUGGAUGUAUAUGAGCACAAACUCUCAGCACUUGCUACAAAAGAGAGUCACCUACAAGAUCUCCUGGAGGCCAAAGCCUUGGCCCUGGCUCAAGCAGACAGACUGCUAGCCCAGUACAGGUGCAGGAAGGCUCAGGCAGAUAACGAGGCCCGCAAGCUUCGUUCCAUGAUCCAAGAAUCGGAGAAGAGGAGUGAGGAAUAUCGAGAUGAGCUCAGCGAGAAGACGGUGGAGAAGGAGAGGAUGAUGGGUGAGAUGAAGACCAUGAUGGCUCAGAUUGAGAGAUUGGAGGCGGUUGCUAGGGAACACGAGAGGUUAACAGCCGCCCAUGCUGACCUGGGUCAAAGGUUAGAGACUUUGAAAGAGAGUCUGGAGUCUGAGAAGAGGGAAAGAGCUAGUCUCUUGGAGCUUCAUGAAAUGCUAACUAAACACAGCGAGGCAUUAAAAAACAAACAUGAAACGACGCUUGGUCAACUCGAAGAUCUUGAGAGCCAGCACAAGAAUACGGUAAAGCAGCUCCACCUGACGGAGGGUCGGCUUGGUGAGGUCCAGGAAGAGCUGAAAGAGACGGAGAGAACGCUGAGGAAGACGGAGCGGGAGAGAGAAGAACUUGAAGCGGCCAUCGAUAAACUGAGAGGCGAGCUGGCGAAGGCCGAACAGGCCAAAAAGAAACUGUCGCAGCAGGUGUCGAAGCUUGAGACCGAUUGCCGGCAGCAGAAGAGCACCAUCCGGGAGAAGGACGCCCUCAUCAGUCAGCAGAAGGAAGAACUGAAUAAACAGCAGCAAUUGACCCUGAUGAUACACAGUUUAACGAGUAAACAACAAGAGAAAUGAUAGAUCAUCAAACAAAGGCUCUCUUGGGCCAUAAUUGUUUUGAUAUUUGCCCAUUUCUCCCACCUUAGCUGUACGCCUGACUCACUCAUAAGUAUAAAGUUCAUGGGAGUUCUUGGUAAGUGGAAUGCAUUUCAGGAAAAGUUUUGAUUGUGAUUUUCACUCACUAGUUUGCUCUCGGCCAAUCAGAUGCAAGGAUUUCAGUAGCUUGUAGCAAUAGUUGGUGAAAAUCACUGACUAUUUGUUUCAUGAAAUGGUUCCCUGAAGGGAGGACUGACAUCUGGCCUAUUCAAAUUUUGGUUCAUGUUCAUUGCUGUGUGCUCAUAAAGCGAUAUGCCUAUGCCAUUAACAUGGUGUGAGUUGAAGGUCAUUGAUUCCUGGAUUAAGUCUUCAUACAUUGCUUGUUGCUAUGUCAGAGAUAGCUCUCCAUGAUAACACUUUUCCUGGGGAUGAAUUAUACAGAGAAGGAUGGGGAUCAACAGAAGAAUGGAGGAGCUGGGAAAAGAGAUGGAAACAGAACAAGGGAGAGGAGAGGAGUGAGAGAUUAAUUUUAUACAUAGAUAUUAUGCUAAUUGUAAUAUAUUUAUUUAUAUGUUAUACUAUUGACAUCAUUGAAUUGUCCUGCCUAUUCUGUACCAUAUGAAUUGUAAAAAGCAAGAAACCAGAUUACCUGUAAAUAUAUUUGUCCUUUAGAAAUGAAACCUUUGGAACAAUUAAGCUUGUGUCGAAGCAGAAAAAUCAAAAGAAUACGAACAAAGAAAGUUUGAGA